GAUGGCAAGGAGCGGAGAGACGAGGUUUCCUGAUAUCCUGGCUAUUCUCCUCGUCGAGUGUAUCUUGUCGACUACUGUGGUUGUUCUGAGACUUAUUACGCGGUUUGCAAUUAUUCGGAAGCGGGUCCCGAUGAUUACAUGAUUGCUGUUGCUCAGGUUAUGGCCAUCGGAGCUGGUGUUAUAAUUGGACUUGAGGCCAAAUUUGGAAUGGGCAAACAUGUUUGGACUGUUCCUGAGGAGAAUCUCACCCCCUACUUCCAAUCGCUCUACGCCAGCAUUCUCGUCUAUAAUGGCGCGCUGACCUUGGUCAAAAUCUCCAUUCUGCUUCAGUACCGCCGAAUUUUCGCAACGCCAGGAAUGCAACGAGCCACAACAAUUGGCCUUGUUAUCAUCGCCGCCUGGGGAUUCACAGUUACCAUGAUGCUGUCAAUGCUCUGUGUGCCCAUCCAAGCUCUCUGGGAUCAUGCCGUGCCGGGCCAUUGCUUGCCUCUCCUCCCAGCAUACUACGCCCCGGCAUGUAUCAAUAUUGCAACCGACUUUGGCACCUGGGUUCUGCCUUUACCCAUUAUCAAGUCGCUGCAGCUACCACGUAGACAGAAGGUCAUGCUCUUGUUCAUCUUCGGCCUCGGCUUCUUCACCUGCAUCAUUUCUCUCGUACGUCUCUCUGCACUCAAAACAGCAACAAAACUAUCAGAUCCAACGUGGAACAAUACAGAUGCGGCAACUUGGUCAUACCUCGAGCUUAGCAUGGCGAUUCUCGCGGCAUGCCUGCGAAUACUGCGAACAUUGGCGAUCAAGUUCAUUCCCGGUUUUAUUUCUGGCUCUUCCGAACAGUCUCCGCCGAACUCAAAUGGCUACGUACGCCAAGGACCAGCAAAGCAUUCGGCCUGGGUUCCUGCGAAAUUCUCGAGGCCAUCCGAAACAAAGGGAACAGUCUCAACCGAAGCAGAAAGCACAGAGAACUUGCAUGGUUCCAUGUAUAAUUUGCAGUCUAUCCCACCACAUAAGAUUGCCGUAGAAAGGGAAUACACUGUGAGGACAGCGGCUGCCGUCUGAGGCAGAUGAUGAAAGAGAC